AUGCGCCGGACAUUAGCUCUUGCGCUGUUGUUCGCGAUUGUACAGAGAUGUGUCAGCGCAGUCAACUACUGCGGAGCUAAAAUGUGCGGGUACACUAAUGCACACACAUUUUGCCAGUAUCCAGCAGGGCCCAGUCCAUCAUGUUCAGGCUACGUAGAGGCACCAUUGACCCUAGAAGAGAAGGUCCGCAUCCUCACUCGUCUGAACCGCCGAAGGAGCGACGUGGCGACAGGAAGACUGCGUAACUACCCGACUGCCGGGGACAUGCUUAAACUGCGUUGGGUGGAGGAGUUGGCCCGCGAAGCCCAGCGCUGGGCUGACCAGUGCCGACCGCCAAACACCCCGGACGAACACGACGCGUGUCGGGACUUAUAUUCCGUCUCCGUGGGCCAGAACGUUGCAUCUGUGGUUGGCGAGGCUCCAGGCCUCCGAGUGGAGUCUAUGGUCGACAUGUGGUAUAUGCAAAGCAUUCAUUACAAGGGAAACGUCACUAACUACGAACCGCCAAUGAGUACUGUUAAUUAUUAUGGAGAUUUUGCUCAGAUAGUGUGGUCGUACACUUACAUGGUUGGUUGCGGAAGAAGCCGAUUUAUGAUUCACCUCAAAGGUCGAAUGCGCUCUGUAGAAAGAUUGGUCUGCAACUUCGCUCCCCGGGGACCCAUGUCUGGUCAACCCAUCUGGAGUCUGGACGAACCUGCGUCGUUGUGCCCAGUAAGAUCAUUACCAGAUUCGGAGUUCCGUGGUCUUUGUGCUUAUCAGCCGUACAUAGAUGUUCCUAAUGAUCUAAAUAAUAUUACAACUAUAGAAGAAAUCACCUUGUUAAAUACAAUAUUUGAAAUAGAAAUAAACGAUGAAUUAAACUAUCCAGGAAGUAUGGAUGAGGUUUAUUUGACUAAAAUAGCUAUAGCCACUUUGGAAGAUAAGGCAAAAACUGAAGCAUAUAAUAAUAAUCAGAAACGAGACAUAUAUUUUUUGAAUACUAAUAUGAUAAGUAAUGAAUUUAACAACAACGUAAAAGAACCAGAUAAGGAACAUUUGGUUCAAAUUAAAGAAACUAGUAGUCAAAAACCAGUGCAAACUAAAGCUAAAGUAAAAUUGAUUGGAAGGCACAAAUCAUAUAAAACUGAUGACCUAAUAGCUGUUGGUGGUGUCCAGACAACUGAGCAUUAUCCAAUUCCCGCUGAUAUACCCCAGCAAAAAAAUGAAUUUUAUGUAGAUUACCAAUAUGUUGAGACAAAUGAAGGUAAAUCGAUUUCAACAGAGAAUAUCGUUGUUGUGUCUGAGAUCUCUCCAAUAACACCUCAUAAUACUACGGAAAAUGUUAUGAUUACAUCGGAAGUUAGUAAUCCGCUUGCAACAAUGAAUGUGACGUUUGGUUACGUAGAAGAUAUUAACGAAACAAGUUUAAAAAUCGAUGAAUCUAUGCGAAACUAUAAUAUAUCUUAUGUUACACAGAAGGAGGAAGAAUUAUUCUCAGAUCCUGAAGUAGUUCGAGAUCUGGAGCUUGCUUUGAGACAAAUGGAACAAAAUAUGGAAACUUCAACAAUUACAACAGCAUCGAUCGGGGCAGAGAAGGUAAAGCGUGAACUCCGUGAAGUAUCCAAGGAUACAAUGGACCGCAAACCAAGGGAGUAUGGGAAUAUUUCACCAAUCUUACAAGAGAUAAACAUGACGGCCGACAAGGCGCCGAUGUUGAACAUGAUUCUCAAAUACAUGCCGUAUUUGAAACCCUACAAAAAUGAAUUGCUAGGUAAAGUCACUAACGGCGCUAAAAUCGUUCUACCUCCUUUAAUUGUUAGGUUUAUCGUAUUUAUUUGUAUGUUUAUUGUUAUUUAUGGUUUGUAAGUCUUUUGGUUUGGGUUGAAUAAAAUAAGUAUGUUAUUGUUAAAAAUGUCUGAAGCAUUUUUAUUAUUCUUUAGAUGUUGGUUAACGAAUCGUUAAUUAAGGA